GGCCCAUAUCGCGGAGAUCAGGCGGCGUAUGGGCCUGUCUACCGGCACCUUACAAGGCUGGAAUGAAAACAAUCUUGCCAGGGCCCUUGAAGUAAUCUCUAAAGAGAUCAAUCAUGAUUCCACUCAUUUUCUCUUGGAAUUCAUCCAAAAUGCAGACGACAACUCAUACAGUCGUGGAGUUGCCCCAGCCCUUGAGAUCACCUACCAUCGCAACUAUUUACGAGUAGAUUGCAAUGAGACUGGGUUCACUGAAAAUAAUGUGGACGCUAUCUGUAGCAUCGGCAACAGUACCAAGGCUCGGAGUAAUUCUACCAACACGGUUGGCGAAAAGGGUAUUGGAUUCAAGUCUGUCUUCAAAGUAGCAGACAGAGUUUACAUCGCUUCGAAUUCAUACCAGUUCAUGUUUGAUAGGCAUGAAACGCUGGGAAUGAUUGCCCCAAAGUGGGCAUCACUGCCGAUCGAAAGAAAGCAAGGGUACACGACAUUUGUCUUAGAGUAUUCUCCCGAGUACGACAAGUCCGCCUUACGUAGCGAGCUCCAAAAUCUCGAUCCAAGAAUCCUCCUUUUCCUUCACAAAUUGCGAAACCUUACCGUACGGUUUGCGAACCCCGGGGAGGGAAACGAACGGAUUCUUCAACGAGAGGACUCUGGGGCUCCCCUUUGGAUGUCAAACUGGCGAACCGUUGCCCUAAACGUGAAUUAUGAGACAUCUGUUUAUGCAGUUAUGGAUCAUAUUGCAACAUGCUUACCGGCAGACGCGAAACGCGCGAACGCUACUCAAUCCCAGGUCAUCCUGGCGUUCCCCAUUCAUGUGAAUGAUACUAGUUGGACACCAAAAAUUGAACCUCAGCAAGUGUAUGCCUUUCUUCCAAUCAGAGAUUACGGCUUUGAAUUCCUUAUCCAUGCUGAUCUCAUUCUUAACGCCGGCCGAGAAGACAUUGCAGGCCAUUCAGAUUGGAAUAAGGCUCUGCGUGAUGCGUCUCUCACGGCACUAGUCAAAGCAGCAAGCGACCUUGCACAUGGUCCAAUGCCACAUACCUGGUUCCGAUAUCUGCCUACUCGUAUUCAGGAGACAGGAUUUUUCAGAGGGUACGCAGUGGAACUGAUGCAGAAGCUCUCUGUAGAGCCACUACUCAAGAGUCACGCUACUACCUUCGAGCGACCGGAGAAUCUGACAUAUGUACCUGAUGCCUAUCAGCAGGAUCCUGGCGAGGGGAGCUUUCCACUCAUGCUGAGGUGUGAUAACCAAGCGACCUUCCUAGCUUCGCAAUACGACGCAAAGGAUUUAGACAAACUACGACCCUUGGGCGUGGUCGUAAUGGACCUCGCUAGUUUUUCACAGGAGCUCGGGCGCUACGUGAGAGACUCUGCGUCUGAUUUCCGCAACAGGUCGAGUGCCUGGCACUCCAGACUCGCUCAGGUGCUUGCAGCCAAUUUCUACAGCACAUUGAUUCAAAAAGACAUACAUGGGAUGAGGCUCAUCCCCCUCCGAGACGGACAGUGGGUUUCGGGAAGUAGCGGCAAGCUAUAUUUCUCCGGAGAUCAGCAAGGUUUAGCUAUCCCGGACGGGCUUCAAUUCCGAGUCAUAGAUCCAGGGGCCGAAGAUGAUGACAAUCGGGCGCAUCUUUUCAAACUUCUCGGCGUUACUCAGCUGAGUAUUUACAAGGUGUGUGACGCAAUUAUCGAAAUACAGGACCAGGUAUUUUUUCUGCCCUCUGCAAGGGAAUUAUUGUCCCAGGCUCUCUUCCUAUAUUCCGUCAACUACAGAUCCGACAAGCUCAGAAAUAUUUGUCUAGUAGCUGAAGAUGGGGAAUGCAUUCGCGCUGGGAAGUUGUAUGCGGACAUCUCUAUUCGGCAAGUCACAGAAGAGGAGAGGGCGGUUGUCGAAUACCCUGCAAGGUUCUUCCACGAACGAGUUACUGGUUGUCGUUCCUUCAAAUUUCUUCACCACAGCUUUCUGCAUCCAGAGGCUGUUGAAGAUCAACAACAAUGGCACCGAUAUUUACUUUACAAUCUUCAGGUAGCCUAUGCACCGCGCCUUGCGCUGUUGACUGGAAACGAGCCGUCUCAGUUUUCUUUACACGAUGACUUUAACCAGAUCGUUCGAGGAAGCCCUGCUACGACUUGGCUAUCCUUGAUCCGGAAUAACUGGCGACUCUAUUGCGAAUGGCUAGAAAAUGAUGAAACGGAGAGCGAGGAUAGCCGAGCGAACCGAAAUCGUGGCCGCCUUCGGGACCAAUUGGCGGCUGUCGAAGUACAAGACAUUAACGGAAAUCUACACCCUCUGAAAGACACUUUCUUGCCAUUGAGCAACCUUGUCAACCGCUAUCAUGGUGUAGUGCCGUUUUUGGAUAUUAGCAAUCCUGACGACCCCAUCUGGCAGACAACUCUGCGACCGUUCGGUGUUGGAACAGCGGAUGAUUUACAAUUUUACCUCCGAGUCUUGCAGAAUGCAAAAUCGAGAAGAAUCUCAGCUGCAAGAAUCACUGAUAUAUUGACGCAAGUACAAGCACGGGCAGCAGAUGAUGAACUCCAGGUCAGAACCACAUUUCGCGACCAAGCUUUGGUGUGCGUUCCCCAGGCUGAUGGCUUGCACAAUUGGACAGUUUCUACCAAAGUUGUCUGGAAAGGACCCAAAUGCCUCCGAAAGUUUCCCGCCCUUGCUGAGGUCUAUCCCCAGCUAGUUCAACUCUUCUGCAAUACCCUGGGACUCAAGGAUGCUGAGAUUGAACAUUUAGUGAACGAGAUAUCCGAAAUACGGGCGUCGGACCAACUUCCCUACAUUACUGAGUUAUUCUCUGAGCUCGAAAAAAUGAUAAAAGACGAAACGCCAGAGUAUGAGCUUGGAAGGUUGACACCACGUGCUGUGCUGCCUGUACAGGACGGCUAUAUGGUGGCCAGUUCUGCCUUUCGAUUAGUGUCGCCUAAUGCUGGGUCGCAAUGGUACAUCCCGGAUCGACCACACCUAGAGUCGAGCUUCCGGGGGAAAGUUCCUCUACUCGCUUUUCCAGCAAGCGAGGUGUCGAAGUUGAAGCGCCUCAUCAAGCUGCUUCAUCUAGAGUCAAGAAAGCUAGGCAAUUGCGUGACUGGAACGGCUCGAACUGAAGGCAGAAUUCUCCCUUUCCGGGAAUGGACCGACUCGCUCAGAGCCAAAGCUGACUGCAUCUUACGGCUCGUUCCGGACACUACACUCAAUCGCAGACGAAUUUUCCAACAACUCCGAGAAGUAGAAGUAUUCACGGCACCGAAAGUUGUCCAACAUUGGUCCAUCUGGCUCAACGGGGCCGAGACAGUUGGCGAACCUCAAGAUGGACGAGUGGCACUGACGGCUAACGACGACGGCCUGAAAAUAUACUUCUCAGAGAGUUCCUUCGGCACUGCUCGCUGCAGAUGGGAAUUUGCAGAAUUAAUUGCUGAUUUUUGCGGCAUCUCUAAUGACCCUGAUUCCAGGAACAAUAGUAAAUCGCUUCUCCUGCUUAUUCUCAACGAGGGACAGGUCGGUGAGAUCAAUGAGAUUCUGGACACGAACAGCAUUCCACCCCUCCUAUCAGACCACGACCUUGAGGAUGCGGAGAAUGAGCCCAGAGAAGGCAGACACAGGCGAAGCAAUCAGAGCAGUGGGGGUCGAGGUAGAUUUAAUCCCUUUGCCCAUCUUCCAGAUGAAUUGCGAAACCGAAUCCGUGUGUUCGCUGCAGGCGAUCCAAUUCCAAUAGGUCGUAGCCUUUCAGGACAAAACCGAGCGGGUUCUGAAGACUUUAACUUCCCUGACCUCGACAACGUGCGGGUAUUCGGAUUUGGAAAUCGUGGUCCCUUUCGGAGGAGGUCGCCGGACUACACGAUGUUCACGCGCGACAGGCAACAUGCUUCAGCAGGGGAAGUCAUUGUCUCCAAUGCCCUUAAGCAGAUUCUGUGCAGCCGUAAUUCGAGAGGCGAGAUUACGCGCGAAUGGUAUGAACCCACGAAACACUGGACUAGCAUCCACCGUAUCCACAGUGGGCACCCAGCCUACACCUCCCCCAACGAGCUCACCGCGUCCUUCACCAUCCCACAUACGUCGACUUGCCUCGCUUCCACUCUCCUAACGCAGUACCUCUACCUAGUGCAGAACUUCUCCCCUGCUCAGGAGUGGCUCUUAGAACCACCGAAUUUCCACAUCGAGGUGAAAACAACAACUGGAGGUCUGGCAAGCGAUUUCGUGUUCAGUAACGAGGAAUUUGAAAGGGCAAGGAAAUAUAUGGCGGCGAGUAGCGAGCGGCCGAGGGAUGUAGUGGUGCUGGUUAGGGUCUGGAAUGUUGGAGGAGAGGCGCCCAGAGUGGACUUCUUGCCGGAUAUUUGGGGGCAGCUAGAGUGCGGAAGUCUGAGUUUGAGAGGUGCACCUGAGCUUAGAGUGAAGGUGAGAGCUGAGGGGACAGCGUGAGGGUAACGGCUGGUUUAAGCUUGGAUGUGAAGAUUGAAUUCCUUAGGCAAUGACUUAUGGAUAA